UUCAGAACAACCGAGUUUCUAUUUGCGGAUCAGAUCACAACCAACGAAGUGCUCCAAAACUGUAAAGAACUAUUGCUGGUGUCGACUGGAGCUUACAGUGGAUUUUUCAUCUGCAUCUCAAGAGAUCCAGACAUAUUAAAAAUGUAUGAAGCUGAAGAAAUAUCACAAACGAGGCAAGAGUUCUCUCUUGUUUGCCAGACUGACAUUGUAUUUGCUGAUCCUGGAGAUGAUGUUGUUCUGGCCUGUCGUCUUGAGCCAGCUAUCAGUGCUGCUGCAAUGGAAAUCAAGUGGUUGAAUAAGGCAGAUCUUGUCUGUCAUUAUAAGGAUGGGCAGGUGACAGAGAGUAGAGGCUAUGAGGGGAGAGUAAGUCUCUCAUUACAAGAUCUACAAAGAGGAAAUGUGUCUUUGACACUCAGAGACAUCAGAGGAUUACAGAGGGGCCUCUAUAUCUGUGAGGUCAUCCAUGAAUGGCAAACAAAACGAGAAUAUGUCUUUCUUUAUAUCAGCUCUGAAAACGUAAGACUUGUGGUUCCUACUGACAUCAUAUCUGCUGAUGCUGGAGCAGAUGUCACCUUGCCUGUUCAUCUCUCACCUGAAACAAGUGCAGUUUCCAUGACAGUUAUGUGGUUUAGAGGGACAGAGCUCAUUUAUCAGUACAACAAUGGACAGGGGACAACAAACAGAUGCUGUGAGAACCGAGUGGGUCUGCCCAUCCAGGAGCUGGGGAGAGGAAAUCUUUCUCUGAAUUUGAGAAAUGUUCAACAGUCUGAUUCAGGAAACUACACUUGCAAAGUUUUUCAAGAUGGAUAUCUGUUCACAGGAUUAGUUCACUUGCGAGUGAGAGAGAUUGACAAGAGUGAUUAUACAAGGCACCUGCAGGAUAUCCUGACACAAGUAUAUAAUGAUACUGUGCAACAAAAACUGACUAAGGAAAACAUAAAAAAGCUUGUAAAAGCACUAUCUCUACUAUUUCAUGGUAGAAAUAAAAAGAAAAACACAUUUGUUGUUUUAGAGCCUACAUCCAGAAGGACAGAUAGUAUGGAAAGAAUUCCUCCAUUCUUGGGAGAUGGCAGCUCAGUGGAGAGCCUGGAAAUAGAAGACACUUCCGUUGUAGGUCCUACAUCUAGACGUACAAAUAGUAUGGAAGGAAUUCCUCCACUCAUGGAAAGAGAGAGUGGAAAUCAAAAUACAAGACAAACAAGAGAAAGGGGAAUAGCCACCGAGCAAGCAAGAUCCUUCCCAGCUAUGCCAUCAGUGCAAAGAACAUCAGCAAGAGAAAACACACUAACACAAGAGAGGCCAGAAGCAACAAUGCAAUGGACUCUGCCAGAGAGAAGACAAGGAAGUAUUGCUACAGCACAAGAAACAUCCACUCCAGCUAUGCCAUCACAGGAUCCACAAAGAGAAGGAACAGCAGGAUCAGCCAUGUCACCAGCAGGAGGGAGGACACAAGCACAAGAGAGGCCAGGAUCCAGCACACAAAGGACUCAAAGGAGACAUGAAAGUACAGAGAACAAAUGCCAAAUUUUGUAAUUAAACAUGUACUCUGAGACAUACAGUUACCACUGGUCUACUUUGGUUAGCAUGAUAAACUUAUGAGCAAACAUUUGGUUAGCUGACCAUAUUUGAAUUGGUUUUAGAAUCAGGACCCGCACCAGCAGACUUCAUGGCAGCUUCUCAUGAUACAUAUAUCAGCCUCAGACUGGACUCACAUUUUAUACUUCUCUUAAUAACACACUGACAACUGACUAUCUACACUUUCUUUGCCCUGAUCUAGACUUAAAGAACACCUAUUAUGGUUUUUCAAAUAUUGCCUUGUAAGAGGUGAUUGUGCAUUUAGGGUCGCCGGUCCGAAACUAUGGAAAAGUCAACCUCUCCACAUCAGGCUAACCCCUUCAAACUGAGCAUUCAAAUCUGUCCUAAAGACUUACCUGUUUUCUCUGGUUUUAAUAUCCCAUAAUUAAUAUUAAGAAUUCAUAUCCCAAAAUAUUCAUUUUAAUAUUUUAUGUGUUUUUACCUUGUUUCCAGUUAUAUCUGUUAGAUGUGUAAAUCAGGUGUUUAUUGUAAUUGUCAUACUGCUAUGUUGCUUGGAACCGCACCCAAGACUUUCACCCACUGUUGCACUUGUGUAUAUGGUUGAUUGAUAAUAAAGGAAUUUGAUUUGAUUUGAUCACUGUUUGUCCUGAAACCUUUAACUGAAGUGUGUAAUUUUUGUACCAUUAGGGUCACUAAACUGAGUUGCAAAAAUUAACAUUGUUUUCAGACAAGUUUACCGAACACUCUUCUGACACUGGUUGAACAAACGAUAGUCCCUUCCCAAACACACGCCACUGGUUGAGUCAGUGUUGCUGUUUGAAAGCACCAGAGACCCAGUGUUACACAUUUUGGGGAAAUCAAUCUACAAAUUGUUUACUUUUAGUUGUUUCUGCAUAGUAAGCUGAGAUAGGUGAAAAUUACACACAGCAGCUUUAAAUGUGUUAUGUUG